UCGACUUAGCAUGAAGUCACUAUUUUACACGAAAAAGCGGAAAUUUUGAUCUCAGCUGCUUCACAUGUUUCUUAGGCUAAUAAAAUGACUUGACACAAGUAUUAGAACUUUCGGCCUUGUAUGUACGUAUGUUGACUCGUGAUUUGGGAAUUGCAUCUGUAAUAGAUAUUAUAUACUUGUAUAAGUAUAUGAAUCCAUGUACAAAUAUAUGGCUGGUGUGGAUAGCUUAACCGCAAUACGGGCCAUCCUGCGUCAGUAGAUCACGAUGAAUGCUUCACGUUGGUUGUACGCUUUCCGCUGUCACAUUAGAAUACCAAGAAAAACGUGAGGUUUUCGAUAAGCCUGUUACUUACACCUGAAAUUCUUCAGAUGUAAUGAAUUAUUCGAUCCUGAGAACCAAGGAUGUCAAAACGGCUCAGCUUCUAUGGUCUGGUAGGCCUGGCGUCCCUUUGCAUCUUCUUCUUAGCAUUUAAUCAACGCUACAGCAGCUAUCUCGAGCAUCGACUGCAGCCGGUGAUAUCGGAUGUUGAGAUAAGGCCCCAUAUCAUCAGAAUUCAAGAUCCAGUAACGGCAUAUUUUAGAGGAUCCAUAGAAAAUAUCACACUGUCUGAAAUACAAGAAGUUGUGGAUCAACAGAGGAAUGCGAUUGAAAAUGAGAUGGAAGAUUAUAAAUAUCCAAAUGGAAAAUACGGAGUGAAUGUUAGUAAAUUGGAGGAUUUAGUGUUAGAAAAAGGAGGAAGACCAAUGAGAAGCAUAAUUCUGACAAGCUGGCGAAGCGGAAGUACAUUCCUUGGCGAUGUCGUAAACGCACAUCCAGCAAAUUUUUAUCAUUACGAACCUCUGCUUGAUUUUGGAAUUGUACAAAUCAGAGGUCCACCGCUCGCUGACAAAGCCCUUAAAAACCUUGAGUCUCUGCUAAGAUGCGAUUACUUUAAUCUUGAUCGUUAUUUGGAUUAUGGUAAAACACAUUCCUGGGUCUUUAAUCACAAUAAUCGUUUAUGGAAGCAGUGUCAAAUACAUAAAAAGAUCUGUUGGGAUCCACGUUUCGUUUCGAAAUUUUGCAAACUGUUUCCUUUUCAAUCAAUGAAGAUCGUUCGCUUGAGACUAAGAGCCGCGGAAAAGCUUCUCAAGCAAGAAGAUUUAGGAGUACGAUUAGUUCUAUUGAUCCGUGAUCCAAGAGGAAUUUUACAAUCAAGGAAACAUCGGGAAUGGUGUCCCACUAACCCGGAUUGCUCGGAUCCAGCGUUAGUAUGUGCUGACAUGGUCUCAGAUUUCAGUGCUGCCGUGCGGUUAAUAAAAAAAUAUCCACAUACUUUUAGGGUGGUACGUUACGAGGAUUUAUCCGUCGAUCCCUACAAACACGUGAAGGAACUGUACAAUUUUUAUGGUUUAGAUUUUCAUAUUAAUGUAAAAAAAUUUUUGGACACUCAUACAAAAAACGACGUCGGUGGGGUGUCUAGUACCUUUAGAAAUUCAAAGGUAGCCCCCUUUCAUUGGCGUACGGAUCUUGAUUUUGAGGAAGUCGACGAGAUACAAAGGGUUUGCGCAGCUGCUAUGCGCCUAUGGGGAUACGUAAUGGCGUCGAAUUCUAGUCAUCAAAAGGAGUUCGAUCCGCUUACGGCAUAUCAAUUAAAAUUGUGACACGUGUCGUAGCACUAACUGUGUAGUGUCUCGACGUAAAUGUAGAUUAAUUCCUAGCUUACCAGCACAGAUACUGAACUUAUCACAAGUGCCCGAAAUUCAUA